AUGAAUGCACUCAUGAGUGAGUUGUCGACAAUACAAGAGACGGCAAACGCAUCUCACAUGAAAGAAGUGGUUGUCUUUAAGAGGAAUACAACUAAUGGCAGCCAAUCAUUCAAAGCACUCGUUGUCUUAAGAAGUGAUAACAAAGUGUCCCAAACAGCAGACAUCGCGAGUCACACCACGACUGACGGCAAGCGUCCAAAGCGGCGGACAAAGUGGUCGACAACUCCGAGAAGUAGUUCAUCAGAAGCGGAUCCAAUCGAUGAUGACGUAAAUAAAGACAGCGAUUGGUCGGCCGAGAAAAAUGUCAACAAUAAUAAUGACCAGAAAAACGGGCCGAAGAGACGAAGAAUAGCGCAGAGGAAGCGCACGAAGGAGUGUCUAAGUAGUGACGACUCGGGCAGCGAUUUGCCGGUCGAGAGGAUUGGCCGCCAUUCGUGUCCCGUCGAGGGUUGCGCUAAGAUAUUGACGACUCCAUUGCGGCUCAAAUGGCACGUCAGGAAUCACGUGCGCGGAAAGACAUACAAAUGCGAGUACGAGGGCUGCGAUCGGGCCUUUCGGGACUCGUCCGGACUUCGCAGCCAUAAGAAGUGUCGCCACGAGAGCCCCAAAAUGCGGUGGCAUUCAAACCAACAGUACUUCGACGCCAACACUCAGACCUACAUCUGUCCGCACGCGGAAUGCGGCCUCACUUUUGCCGUCCGCACAAAACUGGGUCUCCAUCUGAUGGCCCGCCACUCGGGCCGUGUCUUUGCGUGCGAUCACGUGGGCUGCGACCGUGUGUUCAAAUCGAGCGACGGUCUUAACGACCAUAAGCUGAUUCACUGUCCGAAACGGUGCGAUCGGGACGGCUGUACCGAAGUGUUCAGCUCCGCGUGGGCUCUGCAAAAGCAUCGACGCGCCCAACACUCGGCCACUGGUGCCGAACCGGUGAUACCGUGCGAAUGGCCCGGUUGUGACUAUAGGGGCACCAAAUACAAUGUGCGCCGACACCGGUCCCUACACACGGCUGACCGGCCGUACGCCUGCGAGUGGCCGCACUGUGACAGUCGGUUCCGCUUCUCGUACUCUUUGGCCGACCACAUGAACGUUCACACCAACGCCCGGCCCCACGCGUGCCAUUGGCCCGGAUGUACGCUUCGGUUCAACCGCACCUCUAAUCUUCAGCGCCAUAUCAAACGGAUCCACGAAAGGAAAUGA